AUGUGGCCAGAGUCUAAAGCGGCUGCACCGGCGUCUAGUGCUACAGCCAAUGUGAACUACAAACAACCAAUUCCAUCGCAAUUCGAGGAGCCGUCGCUACCCUCGGAUGUAAUUGUUCUUGAGAAGUAUGACGAACUUGAGAAAGAAAAUAAGCUUCGUGCUGAAAGGAUCUCUGAAAUUGUCCGUGAUGUUUCAGAUAUCAAACCGCUUUCGGACGACGAGCUACGCCGAAUUGGCAAAUACUGGACUUGUGCAAACGACAGCGUCACAAUUCUGAGUAAGUUUAACCUUGAUGUUACUGCCAGAGACUUGAAGACCCUCAGAAACGGCAAAUGGCUUAACGAUACCGUUAUUGAUUUCUACUUGUCGCUUCUCACAGAUCGUUGUAUGAAGAAGGGCUCCAAAUUACCAAAGAGCUUUGCCUUUACUACCCAUUUUUUCUCCACAUUGAAGGCCAAGGGUCACGCCGGUGUUGCCAGAUGGGCCAAGCGCAAGAAGGUUGAUGUGACGAAGAUGGACUACGUGUUUGUUCCCAUGAACAUUCAGAACGCGCAUUGGGCCCUAGCUGUGAUCAAUAAUAAGGAGCGCCGAUUUCAGUACUACGAUUCAAUGCGGGGGUUGUCCUCCAUGGAUGCAUUGAACAGACUAUGUGAUUAUAUGACAGACGAAUCGAAGAGAUUGGGUGUUACUGGUAUUGACUACACCGAGUACGAAAUGGAUGCAGACGUGCCCGCUCCGAGACAAGAGAACGGCUACGACUGCGGUGUUUUCACGUGCACAAAUGUUGAAUACCUCUCCCGGGGGGCUAAACUUACCUUCAAGCAGUCGGACAUGCAGAAUUUACGCAACAAAAUGGCGUUGGAGGUCUUACAGGGCGAGUUACUUCAAAAUGAGUAG